UGAUCACAGGCGAUCUUGACCGUAAAUCUCGAUGAUAUUGGAUCAUAAAACGAUUUUACUUAUUGCACUGGACGGAAGAAAAUGUCCCACUAAGGAAGAAAAAACAACUGUCCUUGACUUAACUAACUUAUAGUUGCCAGUAUUUGUUGCCAUACUUGUGCAGCAGCAUCCUUUAUACAGUUUCUAUCACUCUCUCUCUCUCUCUCUCUCUUCUGAAGAGCUGCAGCCAUGCAGCAGGAGCUUUUGUUCAAAGUCCUGGUCAUCGGGGACUUAGGGGUCGGGAAAACCUCCAUCAUCAAGCGGUACGUCCAUCAGAUCUUCUCCCAGCACUACCGAGCCACCAUCGGGGUGGACUUCGCCCUGAAGGUGCUGCAGUGGGACAAUGACACUGUGAUCCGGCUCCAGCUGUGGGACAUAGCAGGACAGGAGCGGUAUGGGAACAUGACUCGUGUCUAUUACCGGGAGGCGGUGGGAGCGCUGAUGGUGUUUGACGUGACGAGGGCCUCCACGUUUGACGCUGUGCUGAAGUGGAAGGAUGAUCUGGACUCCAAGGUAACCCUGAACCACGGGAGGCCAGUUCCAGCUGUGCUCUUGGCCAAUAAGUCCGACCAGCUGGCUUCCCAGCAGCCGAAACUCGACUCCUUCUGCAGGGAGAACGGCUUUGUUGGCUGGUUCGAGACCUCUGCAAAGGAAAACACAAACAUCGAGGAGGCAGUGCGCUGCUUGGUCGAGCACAUCCUGAACAACGAGGAGAGCCCGAUGAUAGAGCGAGACCCCAGCAACCUUGUCCUGUCUGGGUACACUAACACCGCAAAGGAUCAUCUCAACUGCUCGUCAUGUGUGAAAUGGUGACUCCUGACCAAUCACAGACAACCAGGAAGUGAACAGCUGUGAGGCCACGGCCACAGAGAUACGUUUGGCUCAGGGACUGUUUGUAAAAGAAAAACAUCGCCUUAGCCCACAGUGAGCUUUGUACCAAUGUUCAUCGGCUGUGCUCACACUGCAGGCCAACAUGAUGUGAUUAUACACUAAU